GUUUCUCGGGUGCUCACUGCGAGAUCGACAUCGAUGAGUGCAACCCCGACCCGUGCCACUACGGGACCUGUAAGGACAGCAUCGCCGCCUUCACCUGCCUCUGCCAGCCUGGCUACAUGGGCCACCGCUGCGACAUCAACAUCAACGAGUGCCAGAGCCAGCCCUGCAAAAACGGGGGGACCUGCCAGGACAGGAACAACGCCUACAACUGCCUUUGCCUCAAAGGGACCACGGGUGAGCGGGAGGGACACCCCCCGCAGGGGCUCCACGCACGGCAUCCCCAGUCCCAUCCCUGUCCCCGGGGUGGGUUGGCCCUGAGCCGCUGCCAGCAGCCGCCCUGGUGCCGGAGCUGGCCUGAGGCAUCCUUGGUGAAGGGCGAGUUCUCCCGGUUUGGUGCCUGGCUCUCGCAGGAACUGCGCCCCAGCCGGGAGCCGGGGAGCUGCUGGUGGCGGAGGCGCUUUGUUGUGGAGCGGGAGCGGCGCUCGGUGCCGGGCAUCGACAAGAUCACCGGCUACGAGUGCACCUGCGAGCCGGGGUACACAGGGCACAUGUGCAACAUCAACAUCGACGAGUGCGCCAGCAACCCUUGCCACAACGGGGGCACGUGCAAGGAUGGCAUCAACGGCUUCACCUGCCUCUGCCCGGAGGGCUUCCACGACCCCAAGUGCCUGUCCGAAGUGAACGAGUGCAACAGCAACCCCUGCAUCCACGGGAAAUGCCACGAUGGGCUGAACGGCUACAGGUGUGACUGCGACUCAGGCUGGAGUGGGACAAACUGCGACAUUAACAACAACGAGUGUGAAUCCAAUCCCUGCAUGAACGGUGGCACCUGCAAGGACAUGACCAGUGGCUACAUCUGCACCUGCAGGGAGGGCUUCAGCGGACCCAACUGCCAGACCAAUAUCAACGAAUGUGCCUCCAACCCCUGCCUGAACCAGGGCACGUGCAUCGACGACGUCGCCGGCUACACCUGCAACUGCCUCCUGCCCUACACAG